CACGCACAUGGUAUGUACACUUCUGUUUCCAGAUUGUUGUUCUGCAAAUUUGUCAGACUUGCGGUUUAGAUUUGCUCUUUUCCUGGUUGGCAAAGCCAUAUAGAUACUUUGUAAACGUUUUUUUGUGUCCAGUGCUAAAAUAAAUAGCUAAAUUGUUUUAUAACAUGGGAGAUCAAGUGGAAGUGGUUGCUGGAAGUUACGAGCAGAUAGUUUUUGGUUAUCGAGUGUGCCCCAGUGAAGAGGAAUGGAGAAUAGAGCCAGUCUUCACACACCAUGCUCAUACAGCAUCCCUGUCUGCAGUAGCAGCCAGUGAGCAGUUCAUUGCCACGGGCAGCAAAGAUGAAACUGUUCAGCUCUAUGACAUGAACACAAGAACUGAACAUGGAGCCUUGUUACACCACAAUGGUACUGUCUCAUGUCUGGAGUUCUGUGGCACCUCCCAUUUACUCAGUGGUGGGGAAGAUGGUCUCCUGUGUGUAUGGAGUACAAAGACAUGGGACUGUUUAAAAUCAAUCAAAGCACACAUGGGCCAUAUCACUUCUCUGUCAGUGCAUCCAUCUGGGAAACUUGCACUCUCUGUUGGAACGGACAAGAAAUUGAGAACAUGGAAUCUAAUAGAUGGAAGGUCAGCUUUUGUCAAGAACAUAAAGCAAGAUGCUCACUUAGUGCUGUGGUCACCGGUUGGGGAUAAAUAUGUUGUAGUUAUGCAUGAUAAAUUAGACAUCUACAGCCUGGAGUCCGCUAGCAUUACAGGCACCCUCACCUACCAAAAGAGGAUUUCAUCCAUCAGAUUUUUGAAGAAUACACUGCUGGCUGUGGCAGGAGAUGACGAAUAUGUGAAGGUAUAUGAUCUGAUCUCUGAAAAGUGCAUUUGUGAGUUCAGAGCUCAUGAGAACAGAGUAAAAGCAAUGGAGAGCUUUAUGAUUGAUGAGUUGUGUGUGCUGGUCACAGCAUCUAAUGAUGGGUUCAUCAAGCUGUGGAAGUUCAAUUUGGAGAACCCGGAGGUGGUAUGUCUACUGAGCCAGGUGAACACCAUUGCUCGUCUCACCUGCCUAUCUGUAUGGAGACCCAAAACAGGGAAAGAACUCUCAGGAGAGCAAAUCACCCAGCCAGCAAGCGUGCUGUCAGCUGGUAAGGAGGCUCUUCUGUCCCCUACAAGGAAAAGAGUGAGAAUCAAUAUGGAGAAGGUGGUUUUAAAAGACUUCUCCUUGAGAAAACCAGCCAAAAAGAUGAAGAAAAAACAGAAAGUGCAAUGAACUAGCAUUGUUUAAACUGAUCAGCAUAAAUUGCUUGUUUAUUAUCAUUAUUGUUGUUUUUUCUUUGAAGGUAGGUUGUGGUUUUGCAUUCUAGCUUGGUAGUGAAAGGGCAGAGUCAUUUGUGUGCUGUUUAAUCUCCAAACCUGCAUGAAGACAAAACUCUGUUGUUGUUGCUUUUGAAAAUAAACAGAUGUAUUUCUAAAGCUAAGCCUCUCAGAAUAAAAUCCUACUAGAAAGUAGCCUA